UGGAGGCACAGCUGUGGCAAGGUACAGCCCCCACGUGGUCAGCUUUGCCAUGGAGGGGACUGCAGGAAGGAGGCAAGACAUGCUCCUGCAGGACAACACUGCUCCCAGCUUGGCCUUGGGGCUGGCCCAACGCCUGGACUCCUUCAGAGACCAGCUGAACAUCACCCACCUGCCCCAGGUGCUGCCCCAGCUCCGGUCCAUGCUGGAAGAGGAGUGCUGUGACCUGGAGAAACACAUUGCCCACCUCCAGCGCUGCCUGGAGGAGGGACACUGUGCUGCCAUGGGGCCACAGGCACCGGAGCCCACCCUGGCAGAGCUGCAAGACCAGAGGAGAGCCAUGGAGCAGGACUUGCAGCUGGGACCCUGGCCUGCACGUCCCAGCCUCUCCCCAGAGGUGAAGAGCCCUGACCAGCCACCCAGAUCCCCCCUGCCCCCAGGCAGCCCCCUGGGAGCUGCAGCAGGGCCUGGUGCUGUGUCCCCAUUGGGCCCCGGCACGCCAGCCCUACGGAGCCCUGCAGCAGGUUCGGGUCCCUGCGCAUGGGAUCAGCCAGCCAACCAUGCCACCCGCCAGGACCCAGCUGCACCGUCCUCCCAGAGCCCUGCCUGGCCCCCCCCUGCCUGUCCGCGCUCGCUCCUUCAGCCAGGGGCUGUGGGGCACGGCUCCCCCUUCCUGCCCUCCCCACCCUCAGUGCUGCCCCCUGCUCGCUCAGCCCUGGGGCGACACCGGAGGCUCCUGCCCUGCAAAGGCUGCAGCUAGGGCAAGAUGCCCAGCGUGUGCAUGGGGAAAAGCCAGCUGCCCUCUCUGCUCCAUGGGAUGCUUGCUGGACCCCUGCAGGGACAACAUUCUUCCCCAGCAAGACAAGCCCCUGUCCCCCAUUGUGCUGGCUUAGCCCUGGGCUGGAUUUUAUAGGUCCGAACAGGGAAGGGCUGCUAGCCCAAAGGGCAGGAGCCAGGGCCUGGAGCAUUCCCUGGUGCCCAUCCUGGCUGCUUAGUGCCAGCACUGAGCAUCCAAAAGGAAAGGGUGCACCCAGGGGAAAUAGGUCCCCCACUGCCCCCUCUGAACCCCCACUAGCUCCCCAAAGAAGGUCACAACAGGCCACGGACUCAGGAAUAUAAAUCUCAUUAAAGUCUAGGAUACUUUAGAACUCUACUCCGGGAGAGACACUGGCACAGGCAGCGCUACCCAGGGACGCGCGCGUUAUUGCUAACAAUUAGAGGUGAACAGUAGCGUCGUGACACAUGGGGCAGGGCACGGGCACCAUGCGGGAAACUGCGCCUCUCCGCGGCGUCGCACGGGGGGCUUGGGACGGGGCCACGGGAGCUGGAACGUCCUGCCGGGGCUCAGCACCCUGCCGCCCCCCGCCCCUGGCGCCCCGCGCUU